AUGGCGUCGGCGACGGAAGCCGCGGUGCCUGUGACGUAUGCGUCGAAUGCGACGUCACAAGCGUCGGCGCAGCUGGCUCAUGUGAUACCUUUAUUGGCCGAGCAGAUGCCGCUGCGCAACUUGCACUGGCGCCCAUCGUCCUCGAUGCAGACGCUCAAGCCAGUCACCAAGCCUGGUGGGCCCAGCACCGUGCCUGCGCUGCGCACCAUACUGCACUUACCUGUGGAUCUUGUGCCGCUCGCAUCGCACGUACCUAACAGCAGCAGCGUGCCUGUGCUGAAGCGUCUGCCGAUGGUGCAUCUGUUCUUUGUGGUGUGUGAUGACAGUGACGUGUAUCGCGCACAGGUGCGCAACGAGAUCCGGCAUUGGCUCGCCACGAUCCGGCAGCAUAGUCCUACCGACUUUGACGAUGUACCUGUGGAUGAGCGCGCGUCGGCGGGCCUACUGCCGCCCGAGCACCUCAUUGUGCUAGUUCCUUCGGCGCCUGUGGGCACGUUUGCCACGUCGAGCUCGAGCGGCACGAGCAAGGGGGGGAUGGGCCGUUUUUAUACCAUGAACAAAGGCACGGUGCUAGAAAAGCUGCGCGCCGAUUUUAAUUCGAAUACAAAGGAGCAUGUCGUUGCUCUGUCCAAGCUGCCGACCAGUAGUAAGGACAAUGACCCGGCCAUUUGGAUCGAUCUGAUGGCGCGCAUCAAAGAAUGCACGCUCGCAUCCGUGGGGCGCCUCAUGGAGCUGCAAGACCGCAUGGUGAGUCUGUACGAUACGACUAAGUAUGCUGUGCAUUGGUCGCUGAGUGGCUCCAUGCUGCGCCGGGAGCAGAUGGUUCAAACGCUCGAAGGUCUGGGCCUCGUGCCGGAUGCGCUGCAUGUCUACGACACGAUCGAGCAGCUGCUGUCGUAUGCACUCGCAUCUGGACGUACUCGCUUUACCAUGGGCGGUACCGAGGUGGGUGAUGACAGCACUAUGCUCCUCGGCCCUCUUCGCAAGCCGUACAUGACCCUUAUGGCGCAGAACAAGCUGUCUUUAUUUGAUAUGCACUGCUACUUGUAUGCACGGAGGUCUCUUCUUCUUGCGGCCAUGGGACAUAUUGUGCCUGUGAUGCAGCAUACACUUGCGUUUAUCGCGACGGUCACCGGUAUGAUGCGUCCGCACCGUCAUCUUUUAGCGCGAGGCUUUCUCGAGUCGUGGUCUUUUUCUGUGGCGCUUGAUGCCGUCGAGCAGUGCCAGCGCUGGUUCCGUGAGCUGUACGGCGACUCCCCCGAUGCCGUGGCCGAGCGAGGUUUCCAUGCUGCGACGGCCGAGCUCCUCGAGGUGGGCGUUCGUCAACUCGUUCGUCUCGGCGUGCAGGUGGGCCAUGUGCCGCGGGAAGAGCCCUUCAACUUUAUCGAGUCGGGCGCUGUGUCGCUCUUUUCGCCAGAGCUGCGGAUUUCGAGGUCGGAGAUGGCUGCGUCGUUGAGCGAUGAGCUCGUGUUCGAUCAGCAUUUGCGCCAUGUCAUGCACCGAACGCUGCAGGCAGCGUCGCUGUGUGAACAGACGGCACGCACGCUGCGUAUCAAGUAUCUUUGGGCGCAUUGGCUCAUGCAUCGUGGUGCGAUGACGUCUGCUCGUGCGCUGUGGGACGAAUUGCUCGCGGCGCCAUCGCUUGUGCACACAUCCUCGUACAUGUAUGGCGCUGUGCAUGCUGCUCGACUGGCCUGUAUCGAGGCGCAAAACGAAGCGCAUGGUGAUGCUUGGAUUCAGGCUCUGACCGAUGCGAUCCAGGCACGCUGCGAGCGCCGCGUCCAGCCCAUGCCGGCUCUGGACGAAAUGAAGCUCCUGUCGAUGCUCGUGACGGCCGCUGAGGCCCAGGACCGCGAUGCGACGCUGGUGGGCUACAACGGCCUUGGCGUGCAUGUGUGCAGUGAUCACGCGCACCGGGAUGGCGACGCUGUGUACGUCGACGUCGAAGUCCGAUCGUUGCUGCCCACGGCUCUCGCCGUGGAUAGCGUCCACAUUUGGCUGGCCAACUACCGACAGACGCAGCUAGCAUGCAGCUCAGGGGCGUGUACACUGGAGCCUGGUGUGAAUCGCCUGCGCCUCGUAUGCUCUGCCAGUGCGGUGGGAUCGUUUCAUUUGCAGGCUACCCAGGUGCGCAUCCAGCGCAUCAUGCUCGAGAGUAUCACACAGAGUGCUCCGACUGUCUCGACGCUCUCGGAGGCGCAGCAGCAAGAGUACAUGCGCCCUCGCGUAUGUAUCGCAGCCGACGGCGAGGCCUUGUACAUCGACUUGCGCGCGCCUAGGGAGACGCGGCUCGAGGCGCGGCGAAGUGUAUGGCUGCACAUGGAGAGUGGGCGCAGUGCGUUGGACAGUGCGAGUAUGGUCCUGCGCCCCUGUGGCGACGUGAGCCUGGAUGACGAGGCGGCGCCCACCAUCGUGCGCGCGCCGCCCGAGACGCAAGUGUCGCGUGCGCCGACGGGGAGCCUGGUCCUGCAGCGGCUCCCCGCCCACUCGACGUGCGUUGUGUCGCUGCCCAUCAAGCAUGCUCCCCGGGCCGUCGCAGCCGUGCAAGUCUACGCUUCGUGUCAGUACUGCAGUCGCACACAGCACGGCACGUUCCACAAGACGCUGCAUGCGCCUUUAUCGCUCCCCUUCAGCAUCAAUAUCCAGGACCAUUUCCGACUCGACACGCUUCUCUCGAAACUUGCGUUGGAGGCUCAAGGUGGCAUGCACGUGCGUGUCUGUGCGCCGCAAGUGAGCGCCAGCAGCGACUCGCUCGUGCGUGUGAGGGUGCCGGAGAAAGCCGUGCCGCUGCCUCUCGGACCUCGUGAAACGGCGACGUACCUUCUUCACUUUGAGCAAACACAGCCGCAUCGGCACCGCUCGGUGGACACGACGUUUACCCUAACCAUCACGUACCGGACCGCUGCGGACGAAGCGCAGGGCCUGGCUCUCUACGUACUGGCCACUCACCUGGCCGACUCGGCGCCCGCCUGGGCCGAGGGCGAUCAGGCGCUCCUGGAGCGAGCGCUGUGUGCGUGUGUGUCGGAUGCCACAUUCAGCCCGCUCACGUUCGAUGCCACGUACUGGCACCAUGUGCUCCAUCGCUGGGGCUGGCGACAUGAUAGCGAGCGCGCGCGCCAAGUGCUGCAGCUGGUGCAGCGUGUCUUGGCCGAUCUGGCCGACCCCUCGUUGGAUGCGAUGCAGCUCCCGUCCGAGCCGGAUGCAGCCCCACCGCGCCCUGUACAGCCACGCGCAUGGGCUGCGAGCCGUGCAUGCCUCGCCUGGCGCAUACUGACGCUGCCGCUGGAUGUGCCCUUCGUCGAUACCGUGAAUGCCGUGCGGAUUCGUCCGCCUGUCGCUUCGCACGUAGCACUGGGCGAACCGAUGCGCGUCACGUUUGAUACCACCGUUUCGUUUGCCUGGGCCAAAGAGCACGCUGACGACCAUGAGCCACUGCUGCUGCAGUACCAUAUUCUCGGCGAUUAUGACAACUGGCUCGUUUGGGGCACCAAGAAAGGCACGUGGUCGAUCGAGAGCAGGACGCAGCACAGUCAUUAUACCAUCCAGGCGACGCUCGUGCCCGUGCGUCCCGGAUGGCUCCUAUUCCCGCGCUUGCGCAUCACGCCGAUCGGCCCAGCUAUGCGCCCAUUCCGCUGCGAGACGUACAUGCGCCAUGCCGGCCAAGGCAUCCAUGUCGUGGCACCGCCGCAGCCAGAGACCUACUGGGUCGACUUGCGUCCCAGCGAGUCCCUUCCAUAG